CCGCUCUGACAUUCCCGCUUCCUCUACUUCGCGAACAAAACCCUAAUAAAUCUCUCUCUCCCUCCCUCACAGUGAACCUCAUUUGUUUUUCUUGAAUUGGUAUCCUUGCCUGGAAGAGGAGUAAGGGACCAAGGAAUUCAAAAAUGCUGCCGUAUGGGACUUUGCAAGAAGCAGAGGUAGCUCUUGGCAGAGAACUUACAUUUGCAGAGAAGCUAUGGUUCAAUUACUCCGCCCAGAAGUCCGAUUACUUUCUCUUCUGUCACAACAUUCUCUUCUUGUUCUGCAUCUUCUCUUUGGUUCCUCUGCCAUUAGCUUUCAUAGAGCUGAAGCGAUCCAAGAACUUCGACAAGUACAAGAUUCAGCCUAAAGUGAGGCUCUCUUUUUCCGAUAUGGUUAGAUGCUACAAAGAAGUCAUGCGGAUGUUCAUAUUUGUCGUUGGUCCUCUGCAACUCGUUUCUUACCCGACUGUCAAGCUGGUUGGAAUCAGGACGAACUUGCCGUUGCCAUCGGGUUGGGAAAUUGUUCUGCAGUUGAUAGUUUAUAUUAUUAUCGAGGAUUUUGGGAAUUACUGGAUCCAUCGUUUGCUACACUGUAAAUGGGGAUACGAGAAAAUUCACCGUGUCCACCACGAGUUUACUGCUCCAAUUGGUUUCGCUGCUCCUUACGCUCAUUGGGCUGAGAUUUUGGUCCUUGGCAUUCCUUCGUUUCUUGGCCCGGCGAUGGUUCCUGGACACAUGAUUACAUUUUGGUUGUGGAUUGCUCUGAGGCAGAUCGAGGCUAUUGACACGCACAGUGGGUAUGACUUCCCUUGGAGUCCCACAAAGUAUAUCCCCUUCUACGGAGGUGCGGAGUACCAUGAUUACCAUCAUUAUGUUGGGGGUCAAAGUCAAAGCAACUUUGCUUCAGUGUUCACUUACUGCGACUACAUCUAUGGAACUGAUAAGGGGUAUCGGUUUCAGAAGAAGCACCUUGGACAGUUGAAGGAGAUAUGGAGAAAUGGUACUGAACAAGAGUACAAAUCAGAGUAGGUGUGAAACUUUCAGUGCUUACUUCAUUGUGGUUCUCAUCAGUGCAUGAAUUUUCUUCUACCUCAUUUUUCCGAGUUGAUCUCCUCCCAUAUCUGAAUAGAGAGGACAUAGCAUCAUCUGCCAUUGUUAAGAUCGGGUAGUGAAUGUAGAU